AUGGCCGCAAAGACGUUCUCUCGCGACGAGGUCGCAAAGAACAACACGGAGGACUCCCUCUGGUGCAUCAUCGACUCCAAGGUCUAUGAUCUGACCGACUUCGCCAUGGGUCAUCCCGGUGGCGAAGCCGUCCUUCGUCAGGUCGCAGGCCAAGACGCCACAACCCAGUUCUACAACCUUCACCGUCAGGAUGUCCUCACAAAGUACGACAAGACCCUCGUCAUCGGCACCGUCGAGGGCGAGAAGCCCCAGGUUAUCGUCACCGGCCCCGGCGAGCUGUCUCCCGUGCCGUACGCCGAGCCCACUUGGCUUACGCCGCAGUUCAAGUCCCCCUACUUCAACGACUCGCAUCGCUCCCUGCAAAAGGCCAUUCGCAAGUUCACCGACGAGCACAUCACCCCUGUGGCACUUGAAUGCGAGGAAAAGGGCGAAGUCAUUCCCCAGGAGCUCAUUGAUAAGAUGUCCAAGGCGGGAGUGCUACACAUGCGUCUCGGGCCCGGCAAGCACCUACAUGGCGUGGACCUCUUGGGCGGCGCCGUUAAUGGCGAGGAGUUUGAUUACUUCCACGACAUGAUUCUCAGCCAAGAGAUGGCCCGGACCAACUGCCGCGGUUUUCAGGACGGUAUGCUUGCGGGUAUGACGAUCGGCCUGCCUGUCGUUCUCAACUUUGCAAACUCCGAGUCGCUGCGCAAGCGCGUUGCGGAUUCGGUUUUCAGCGGCAAAGACAAGAUUUGCUUGGCCAUUACCGAAGCGUUUGCUGGGAGUGAUGUUGCAGGCAUUAGAACCACUGCGGAAAAGACACCUGACGGAAAACACUAUAUCGUCAAUGGAACCAAAAAAUGGAUAACGAACGCUACGUACUGUUCGCUUUUUGUUGUUGGUGUGAAGACAGACAAGGGCCUCAGUGUCCUCCUUAUAGAGAGAGGCGAAGGGGUUGAGACCAGGCCUAUUAAGACAUCCUACUCUCCAGCCGCAGGAACGGGUUUUGUAACCUUUGACAAUGUCAAGGUCCCGGUAGAGAACUUGCUGGGCCAGGAGAACAAGGGCAUCCACGUCAUCCUGAGCAACUUCAACCACGAGCGGUGGACCAUGGCUUGCGCCACAAUCCGCCAAUGCAGAGCCGUCGUCGAAGAGUGUCUCCUGUGGGCAAACCAGCGUCUCGUAUUCGGGAAGCGUCUCAUUGACCAACCCGUCAUCCGUCUCAAACUCGCAAAGAUGAUUGCCCUCGUAGAAUCCCACCAAUCCUGGCUCGAAACAAUCACCUACCAGAUGAACUCGAUGCCCUACAAGGAACAAGCAAAGCACCUCGGCGGGCCCAUCGGCCUCCUCAAGAUGAGCGCCACCCGCGCCGCGCACGAGAUCGCCGACGAGUCGGUCCAGAUCUGGGGCGGCCGCGGCCUCACACGGACGGGCAUGGGCCGCGUGAUUGAGAUGUUCAACCGCACGUACAAGUUUGAUGCUAUCCUCGGUGGCGCGGAGGAGGUGUUGGGCGACUUGGGAGUUAGGCAGGCUAUGAAGUUUAUGCCCAAGUCGAGGUUAUAA